CAGCUCCAAAAUUCCAGCUGGCGGGGGGCAUUGCCCAGGACUUCGAUACGCCCGUCUGCACUACUACAAUCUACUCGCCACCAUGUCUGGCUACGAGGUCGAACACAACAUCUCCACCAAAGACGACAAACCGCAGCGGCCGCCACGGCGGCCGGACCUCUCGACCUUUUUCUCGCAGCUCGAGCUCGUCGAUACGUCAGAUCCGCGGUCACAUACGAACGUCCAUGCCCUUCCGCAGCCCGAAAACAUGGCGGCGGCGUUCCGCCUGCUUGCUAAUGCUUUCGAGACGAUGCGCGGACGACCGGCGGACGAGAAUAAUAGCGAGGGAGACUUGUUGGCUAGCAUGAUUGAGGUGCUACGCGAGAACGCCGAUGAUCCGCCCACUGAACUGAAGGGCGUUCCGGACAGCUUCCUCGACGAGUUGGAGAGGGUGCCCAAGGAGACGCUCAAGCCUUCAGAUACAUGCCCCAUUUGUGUCAACCCGUUUCUCGAUGACAAGUAUCCACUUGUGGUCCAGUUACCGUGCCAUGAGGACCACCGCUUCGAUCUCGACUGCAUAGGCCCAUGGCUCAAGUUGAACGCCACAUGUCCGCUUGAUCGCAAAGAGCUUUUGAAGAAGAAGAAGCCCCCGCCACCGCCUGCAGAUGACGACGAAGAGGAAUACGACGAUAUGUACGCCUGAGGCGGUGAAUAUAUGGACUGCAUUGCUUCGGAGCUAGGACCCGCAGAUAGUGGAAGGCGAGCGCUGACGUCGACAAUACACGUACGCACGGGGUUCCGACUGUAUCUGCGCCACCACAACAGGCCCAAUUGUCGGAAAAAUCUCGCAGUCAUGUGCGAUACUUUACCGUGUUUAUCCACCAAAUGGGAUCGUGUCACACUUGCAGCUUGGGUUUCUUUCGUCUUUCGCGUCAUACUCCUGUUCUUUCUCCAACGAGCGACAGGCAUUCAGUGCUCCUCAGUUUCAUACUUGACUACGUGAGUGAGCGGCAACGCGACCUCACCAGACCUGAUC